GAGAAGGAAGGAGGACACAAGCACGUUGCAUAACUGAUCUGUGCAUGUCAAACAGGUCCAUGUAAACACUGAAUGUGGAUACAAACAACAAUCUGAUUUGGAGAUAAUCAGGUACAAUGGGAAGAGGAAGUUCUGGACUUCUUUAAAGACUGGUUCAGCAGUCUAGAUCCAUGGCUUUACCGACGCUGUCGGCGCACUGGUCCGGUCGAGUGCGGGCUCUGGAGAGGCAGUUUGUGCGGCAGCGGGAGCAGGAGGCUCGUUGGAGGCAGCAGUGGGAGCUGCACUCUCAGUACUUCAGAGAGCAGGAGGUCCGCAGCAGCAAACAGGCGCAAUGGAGCUCACGGCAAUCCUUCCAGCGCAGUAUGUCAGCAUUUCAACGGGAAAGGAUGAAAGAGGAGAAGCAGCGGAAUCUGGAGGAGCGCAAGGAGCGUCUGAGGAUGAUGCUCCAGGAGGAGAGAGACCAGCUGGAGGCCGAGCUCAGAACUGUUCUCCCAGACAGGGCCACGCUGACCAGACAGCUGGUGGAAAAAACAGACACCCUCCGCUCUGCCAGGGAAGAGAGGAGGAAAAAUCUGGCACAGGAAUUACUGAAGGAGCACUGGAAGCAGAACAACUCAGAACUGCGGAAGGUUGAGUCAGGAUUGCACAAAGAUCACGUUGUGAGCCAGUGGCAGGUUCAACAGCAGGAGAAAAAACAGGCUGAAGAGAGAGCUCAGGAGGACAAACGGCGUGUUGAGAAUGAGUAUGAGAGGGCCAGACAGGAAGCUCUGGAAAGAAUGAAGAAAGAACAGGAGAAAAGAAGACAGGAGGAAAUGAAGAGAGCGGAGGAUCUCCGUAAGCAGAUGGAAGAGCUUAAACUACGAGAACAGGAAGCUGAGCAUCUUAAGCAGGAACAGGAUGCUCUGAUGUCACAGUGCUGGGAGCUCGAGAAACUGGAGGAUGAGAGGAGGAGGAUGGAAGAGACCAGGAGGAAAACUGAGUUUGGGCAUUUCCUGACUCGGCAGUACCGGGCUCAGCUAAAAAGAAGAGCACAGCAGGUGCAGGAGGAGUUGGAGGCAGACCGUAAGCUCCUGGCUGCACUGCUGGAGGGGGAGAUGGAGGAGCAGAGUCUGGAGAAAGCCAGGAGAAAAAGAGCGGUAGCGGACGCUGCCUGGAUGAAGAGAGUCAUAGAAGAGCAGCUCCUGCUUGAGAGGGAGAGGGAGGCCGAGUUUGAUAUUUUAUAUCGGGAGGAAGCUCAGCGUGUUUGGGAGAAGAGAGAGGCAGAGUGGGAGAAAGAGAGGAGAGCCAGAGAGAGACUCAUGCGGGAGGUCCUGACGGGACGUCAGCAACAAUUGGAAGAACGUAUGCUGGAGAACAGGCUGGCGAGGGAGGAGUCUCUGAGGAGGAGAGAGGAGCUCAUCCAACAGCUGGAGCAAGACAGACUCACCCUACGCCAGGAGAGGGAGGAGCAGGAGGGAGCCCGCACAACACGCAUGCACGACAUCGAUGCACAUGUGGAGCAGAGGCGCAAGGAACAGUGGGAGGAGCAACAAAGACGUGAGCAGGAAGAAGCACAGGAAAGGGAGGAGCUUAGGCUGCAGGAGAAGGAGCUUCAGCUUGAGACACAGAGAAUUAUUCAACAGGGUUACCAGGAGAGAAUUCACGGCAGACCACGGUCAGCAUGGACAUAAAAGCGCUUUACAGAGGAAGUUCAAUCUUUAUGCCACUUCCCCUACUAGAUGCUUGGAGUAUCUUCGAGCACUGUUUUUGAUUCAUAAUCAGGGAUAUCUAUGUCCAUGGUGACUUUAUAUCCUGGUUUAGAGCCAGUUCUCCUGUUAGAGAUGCUUUUAAUAUUAAUGGAUCAUAAAUUGUUUAUGGUCAUUUAUGAUUUACAUUAUGUCUGUAAUAAAAUAGUUAUGUGGGAA